AUGCUGCGCCUCGGGCCCUGCGCCGCCGCCGCCGCCCGCUGCCUACCGGCGGGGCCCCGCCCCGGGCCGCUGUGCCUCGCUGGGAGCCGCGGCAGCUUCGCCCGGUCCCGGCCGCCGGCCGGUGACUGCGAACCCCUGUCCCGGCAGGUGGGGGCGGCGGCGGGCGGCGAGCGGGCGCCGGUGCUAAAGACGCCCAAGGGCACCCGCGACCACGCACCGGCGCAGGCGGCGCUCCGUGACCGGCUCCUGAGCGCCGUGGUGUCCUGCUUCAAGCGGCACGGGGCGGCCGCCAUCGACACCCCCGUGCUGGAGCUGCGGGAGACGCUGAUUGGGAAGUAUGGGGAGGGCACGAAGCUCAUCUACGAGCUGCAGGACCAGGGAGGGGAGCUGCUGGCCCUGCGCUAUGACCUCACUGUGCCCUUUGCUCGCUACCUGGCAAUGAACAAGAUCACCAACAUGAAGCGCUACCACGUCGCCAAGGUGUACAGGAGGGACAACCCGGCCACAACGCGGGGCCGCUACCGCGAGUUCUACCAGUGCGACUUUGACAUCGCCGGGCAGUUUGACCCGAUGAUUCCCGAUGCUGAGUGCCUGAAGAUCGUGCACGAGAUCCUGACUGACCUGCAGCUCGGGGACUUUGUCAUCAAGGUCAAUGACCGUCGGAUUUUGAAUGGUGUGUUUGCCAUCUGUGGUGUUCCAGAGAGCAAGUUCAUACCUGCCUGCUGCACUGUGGACAAGCUGGACAAGAUGCCAUGGGAAGAAGUGAGGAGUGAGAUGGUGGGAGAGAAGGGGCUCUCUCCCGAGGCUGCGGAUCGCAUCGGGGAGUAUGUCCAGCUCCACGGUGGGCUGGACCUGAUCGAGCGGCUUCUGCAGGACCCAAAGCUAUCCCAGAACAAGCUGGCCAAGGAAGGGCUGGGGGACAUGAAGCUGCUGUUUGAGUACCUGACGCUGUUUGGCAUCACAGGCAAGAUCUCCUUCGACCUGAGCCUGGCGCGGGGCCUGGACUAUUACACGGGGGUGAUCUUUGAGGCUGUGCUGCUGCAGCAGGAGAACGAGCACGUGGAGGAGGCGGUCAGCGUUGGGAGCGUGGCUGGAGGCGGCCGCUAUGACGGGCUGGUGGGGAUGUUUGAUCCCAAGGGCCGGAAGGUGCCCUGUGUGGGGGUCAGCAUUGGGAUCGAGCGGAUCUUCUCCAUCCUGGAACAGAGACUGGAGGCUUCUGGGGAGAAACUUCGAACAACUGAGACGCAAGUGCUGGUGGCUACACCACAGAAACACCUGCUUGCUGCCAGAAUGAAGCUCAUCUCCGAGCUGUGGGAUGCAGGGAUCAAGGCAGAGAUGCUGUACAAGAAAGAUCCUAAAUUGCUGAAGCAGCUGCAGUAUUGUGAGGCCACAGGGAUCCCCCUUGCUGCCAUUGUGGGAGAGCAGGAGCUGGCAGAUGGAGUUGUGAAGCUGCGAGAUGUUGCAACAAGAGAGGAGGUUGAUAUCCCCAGAGAAAAGCUUAUUGAUGAGAUCAGGAGGAGGCUGGAGCCCUGAGGGCUUCUGUGGCUCGAGCUGCUUGGCUGAAGUGCUGCACAACUGGAGCCCUCCUGCAGCGCCCUCAGCCAUUCACUGCCCGCUGCGGUCUGGGUAACAUCCACUCACCUACGGCUCAUUGCCUGGGCUAAGGCACUGAGAACAGAGGAGUAAGAGGGUUUUAAAAGCUAUGGACAGUGCAGUCACCAGGUUAACCUGGUUAGCUUCUCUGAAGGUCAAGUUUGUGUGUUCCUAGUACUGCAGCCCCUCUACCUACUACAGCCAUUUCCAUCACUCUAGGUGGUGCUGGCACUGAUGGAUGUGGUGCAGCUCAAGCAGGAUCAGGUGGAAUUCCAGAUUUGGGCGGGGGGAUCCGUGGUGCGUUGGGCACCUGCCAGCUCAGGCCGUGGGGCGAGGGGGGCGGUGGAAGCGCACCCCGGCCCCGUUUGGGCUGCGGGGGCCGCUCCCGACCCGCAGCCGGGCGCUGCCGGCGGGCGCCGAGCUGCGGGACCGCCCGGGAGGAAGCACGUGUCCCGUCACCGAGGGACACAACGAGCGGCUGGAGCAGCUGCGCAGGCUGCGGCGCGCGUGGAAAAAGCUGUAUUUUUAUAAAUUAAACAAAACCCUCCCCCAAUAAUAAACCCGA